CCAAGGAGCGUUGGGAGAUUUCACAAGGAGCAUUUGAAAGCAACACAGCACGAAAGUGUUAAAUCGUUGCUCCGCCUUUCUUUACCACGAACCAGAGAGACAGCACCUGGGACAUUAGUCUCUCUGAACUAAUUCAGUGAAGAACUCCGAGCUUUUAGACCUGGGUCACUAGUUUCCUGUCAGGGUUUGUUUUGCCGGAGAUGCGUUUGCAGUGCCUGAGCUAACAGCGGCACCGGCUUCCUGUAAAACUACAACACGUGGACGUUUACGGACCGGCUUUACUUUUUACUGAUCACAGAGCCAUUUGCAUUAAGGCGGAGUCCAGAUCAUGGACUACAUCCCGGAUGACAACUCCAGGUACAAAGAUGUGGACUACUGGGAUGAACGGUACAAGACAGAGCAGUGUUAUGACUGGUUGGGCUGUUUCUCCAAAUUCAAGCACAUUCUGGAAAAACAUGUCAAGAAAGAGGAUUCUAUUCUGAUACUUGGGUGUGGAAACAGCAGUAUGAGCAGUGACAUGUACAGGGCAGGCUACCACUCCAUCACCAACAUAGACUACUCCGCUGUGUGCAUCAGUGCAAUGAGUGCCAGGUACAGCGACUGCCCGGGUAUGACCUGGCAUCAGAUGGACGUGCGCCGGCUCAGCUUUCCCGACACGUCUUUUGAUGUCAUCUUAGAGAAGGCCACGCUGGACGCCUUCAUGGUGGAAGGGAAGACCCCUUGGGAGGUGUCCCCUCAGACAGCCUGUUUCAUUCAACAAGCACUCACAGAGAUUAGUCGGUGCUUGAAGCCUGGAGGACGGUUUGUCUCCAUUACCUUUGCCCAGCCCUUCUUCAGGAAACGCCUUUAUGCUCGCACAGAGUACAACUGGUCAGUCAAACAUCACACUUAUGGUGAAGGCUUUCAAUAUUUUGUCUAUGUAAUGACCAAAGGAGAGGAGCUUAGUCCAGAAGAUGCAGCUCUGGAGAAAAAGCUACUGAAGGACACCAAAGCUCCACUUACCGGCAUCGCCACAGCACAAAAUGAGGAUAAGGAAGACUUCCUAUCUAAUAUUGACUUGUAAUGUAUGUGACUGGGUUUUCUAUUCUUAGGAAUACAUUAUCUCUUAGACCUCAAAAACUCAAACCUCUCCACCCUCACAAACACAACAGAAAUGUCCUCUGUUACCUUACCAUGAUUGUGUAACUUUUGCAAGAAUGAACUGCUGUGUACUGUGUAUUUUUAAUAGUUUCAUUCUGGAUUUAUACCAAUUAACAUCACUAGGGGUCCUAUUCAAAUAAAAUCUUACAGUAAGUCACAUUAUGUGUAAUU